CCAAACUGGGCUUCCGUACUGUCACGUGAUUGGCUGUUUUUUCCAGUCAUCUGAUUGGCUGCUGCAGCUGAGGCAGUGUUUUCAAUCUGCGGAACAGGGAAGUGACUGACGGACGGAGGAAAUGUAACUUCAGUCGUAUUUAGUUUGUUAUUGACAGAAAUAAACACCGACAACUUCCAGUUCAGACGCACGGUGACCUGCUGUUGCUGCUCGGCCUCGUCUCUGUCAUGUUCCCCUCUCUUUGAAACGAAGCCUGUCGAACUUUUUCUUCGGCUUUCUUCGGCUGAAGCAGUUGUUUACAGUUGUUUUACACCGGAGACUAACGAUGGGAGACAGACGGUCGGUUCAUUCGCUGGUGGUUGUCGUGUUUGUUCUCAGCUGUCCUCCGGUGUUGGCGGCUCGGAGGCCUCACGUCGUCUUCGUCCUGGCCGAUGACUUCGGCUGGUACGAUGUCGGCUACCACAGCUCGGAGAUCAGGACUCCAAACCUGGACAAAGUUUCCGCCACGGGAGUCCGCCUGGAGAACUACUACGUCCAGCCUCUGUGCACCCCCUCCAGGAACCAGCUCAUGACCGGGAGGUACCAGAUCCACACAGGCAUGCAGCACCAGAUCAUCUGGCCCUGUCAGCCGUACUGCGUGCCCCUGGAUGAGAAACUGCUGCCCCAGCUGAUGAAGGAGGCGGGGUACGCCACACACAUGGUGGGCAAGUGGCACCUGGGCAUGUACAAGAAGGACUGCCUGCCCACACGCCGCGGCUUUGACUCAUAUUUUGGUUACCUGACGGGCAGCGAGGAUUACUACACCCAUAAGCGCUGUAGCCCCAUCUCUGCCCUGAACCUGACUCGCUGUGCGUUGGACCUGAGGGACGGAGAGGAGGUCGCCACCGGAUACACAGGAGCCUAUUCAACUGAGCUGCUCAGCCAGAGAGCCAUCAGCGUCAUCGAAAAACACAACUCUAACAAGCCGCUCUUCCUCUACGUGGCGCUGCAGGCCGUCCACUCACCGCUGCAGGUGCCAGAGCGCUACACGGCCCCGUACAGUUUCAUCAAAGACCACCAUCGCAGGCUCUACGCCGGCAUGGUGUCGGCCAUGGACGAGGCGGUGGGCAACAUCACCCUGGCUUUGCAGAAGACGGGGCUUUGGGACAACGUGGUGCUCGUGUUCUCAACAGAUAACGGAGGUCAGACACUGACCGGCGGCAGCAACUGGCCACUGCGAGGCAGGAAGUGGUCACUGUGGGAAGGUGGAGUCCGGGGAGUCGGAUUUGUCGCCGGCCCGCUACUCGAACGACCCGGAACCGUCAGCCGCGAACUGAUCCACGUCUCUGAUUGGCUGCCGACGCUCGUUGGCCUGGCAGGCGGGAGCACCAACACCACAAAGCCCCUGGACGGAUUCGACGUCUGGAACACAAUCAGCAAAGGGUUCGCCUCACCCAGAGUGGAGCUGCUGCACAACAUCGACCCUCUGUACAAUGAUAUCGCUCCGUGCCCUGGCAGGGAGCGUCGGUUAACUUUGGCUCAGGUGGUCAGCGGAGACUCCCGGGCCAACUCCGGCUUCAAUGUGUCCAUUCACGCCGCCAUUCGAUCCUCAAACUGGAAGCUGCUGACUGGCUACCCAGGUUGCGACGUCUGGUUCCCGCGGCCCGGCCACAACGGCUCCGAGUCGACUCCCUCCGAACGGGAUCCACUGAAGUCUGUGAUGCUGUUUAAUAUAGAAAAGGAUCCAGAGGAGAGGGUGGAAGUGUCUGCUCAGUUCCCCACAGUGGUGGAUCAUCUCCUCAGUCGGCUCCGCCACCACCAGAAAAACGCUUUGCCCAUAAACUUCCCAGAUGAAGACCCCAGGUGUGACCCGGGCCCCACGGGAGCCUGGGGACCCUGGGCUUAGCCGGAGGUGACGGUGAUGAACAUUAUGAAGCACUUUGUUUUAACUGUGUUUGCUGUGAAUUACAGCAGGAAUCUCUUCUGUGGAGAACUUUUUAUUUUUUAUUUUUUACUGAAUGAUGAUUUAAUGUAAUGUCGGUCGAUCUAAAAGACAUUUUAUUCCAUCAACCAAAUAUUUCAAGCCUCUAAAUCAGAUCGCUCAGGUUUUUUAAAGGAAAAUAUUUUCAGUUGCUUUCUUUUUUUCUCAACAACCAAAGCAGAAGCUCGGCAGGUCGUGUCAUUCACAAAGUGACUGACAGAUCGAUCUCUGCGUCCCAGGUCGAUAGCGAUUGCGUAAACCGUGUUAGCUACACAUGCUGCUGAUUUGUAAAGACUGUCUCCCCGCUGUUUCAGGUAUUUGCACUUCGUUUUUCUGCUGUUGAGAAGCCGCGGGCGUCUGGAAUGAGUCAGACACAAAGCUGCACAGAAAUAUCAGAGUCUUGAGAAAAAUAUUUCACCCAUUAAACAAUGGUGAAGAUAUUUUUGAGCUUUUUAAGGAUUGCACAGGAGAGCUGCACUAAUCAAUAUUUUUUUAUAUUGACAAUUGAUGAAGUGACUGGUAACAAUUUCUUCCUUAACUUUUGAGUACAGAACGAUGUGUAACCGAAUCACAGUCACUGAUGGGGGGUGAUGGAGACCAAAACAUGGCUAAAAGGACAGCAAAUGUCUGAUUUACACAUGCUACUGUGGCAAGUGGCCAAAAAUAUCACUUAUUGCAGAUUUUAAAUGCGCUUUAAAUGAGCUGUGCUCUACUUUUUUGUUUUGUUUGUUUUUUAGUAAUUGUGCACACCACUGUUUGUAAGUGUCAACGGGUUGUAGAUUAAGAUUAGCUAUAAGAAAUACAUCAUAAACAGGGUAAGAUGUGGUAAAAAUGUUUGUAAAACAGACUGAAAAUUAUGAAUGUGUGGACAGUUUGAACAGUAUACAGCUAAUUAAAAGUGGUCUUCUUCAGCUCGCUUGUUUCCCUCAUCGUUGCCUCUAAGUUAACGAUGAGUAGGUGCUAAAUGAGUUAGCGGUUAGCGGUGUAUUUCUGCUUUUCGAGGCUGAAAAUGUGAGGAAUUUCUUGUGGACUUCAGGCAUCUCAUAUGUUAUGGCUUCAGAAAUAACUCCCACAUGCCCGUCAUUCAUGAAUGUAUCGUUCUCAUGAAGGAUAAAGUUGUUUAAGGUCAAAUAUCUUCUGUGCUGCUGAUGUUGUUCCAUAUACUGAAGUCAAAACCGCGAUAGAGAACGAGCAGGUUAAAAGGUAAAAUUCAGUUACUUCCAAACGGGUCAUUUGCAUAUUUGGAGUCUGAGUGGGAGAAACUAAUUUCCUUAAUACAUACACCCUGUUUGACCUUUAGCCCCUUGGUGUUUGACCUCCCACUGGCAGCAGCAUGCAGACUACCACAGGAAAUGCUCCCUGCAGAGAGUGGGCGGCCCCGUCCUAAUGUGGGCUGUGACCCUUAACCCGCUGCUGUGAAUUGAUUGGCAGCUGAGCAAAGCAAACAACACCGCUGGAGCCGUCCGACAUCAGCAGGUAUAGUUAUGUCACUGGAGUCGGUUUCCUGUAUAGAUGUGUUUGUGUUUGUGUUUAUCAGACCAGUUCUUCGUGUCGGAGUCUGGUCUGAGCUGGUCUUUGCUGUUUGUACAGUAGAAUAUCACAUGAUACUCCUUCGCUGAGCUGGAGAUAAUGUGAGGCUGCUGCUUUUCACAACCAGACUCCUCUUAUAGAGACAGAGAGACGCUUAAAGGAAUAGGAACAUUUUGGGGAAAUUGUUUGAUAAGGCUCUUUAUUAUAUUAUAUAUAUUAUAUUACAAAGUAUAUUAUAUUAUUGUUGACAUUAAAGGGAAGUUCUGGGAUUUUUACGACAUUUUUCAUAUGAAUUUAGAUUUUCAUACAUUUAGAAAAAGGAAGGAAACAAAAUGAGUUUGUGUAAUGUUUGGUUUUUAUUUGGAAGGCUGCGAACAGGGGGAAACGACUAGCUUAGCUCUGUCUAACAGUGAGGAAACAAAGGGCCAUAAGCUUCCCUGAAGUUAGCACAGUACAGCUUGUUUUGUUUGCUCGUUGCAAAACCUGAGGUUUAUUUAAGUGUAAACAAUAAUUAAUGGUUUUAUUUACAUUAGAAAAAACAGUCACUGCAUCUGGCAAAGAAAUAAUUCAGCACAUAAAACCACAACUUGCCGUUUUUAUACAUACUAUUUUUUAUUUAUAUAACAUGUUAACUAGCUGCUGGGACAUUUAGCUGUGUCCCCUGUUUGCAGUUUUUAUGCUAAGCUACGCUAACAGCUCAGAUUGACAUGACGAGCUAACACUGUUGAAAUUGUUGAACUGUUCCUUUAAGGAUGUUUGGAAACUAUGUCGUAAAUUAAGAAAGCAUUAACGAGUAGUGUGACAAAUUAAUCUUUUAAUUAAUUUUUCCAGAGCUUUCAGCCGUAUAACACGGUCUUCAUCAGUGGGCGGAUUUUGCUCAGUUGUCGUGGAGAUGGUUUUGAUAACCUGUGUCUUAACAGCUGUGAUUUAAAGCCUUGGGAAAAAAGGAAGUAAGCGGACCUUUAGCUGGGAUUGUUUCUCGUCCAAGGCCCAGAUUGAACUUUGAUGCUUAAUUGAUGAGAGGAGAUUUUAGGUCGUGUUCACCUGAAUUAUUUAUUCCUUCCCAGUCGUCCCAUAUGGCCGGCCCCCAGGCGACUGCGUGGUGCCAGAUACUCGCUUAAAUUUUUAAAUCUAAAAUCUAAUCUACAUUUUUUUUGUCAAUUAUUGUGUCUUUUUAACAAUAGGCGGUUUUCUAAUUUUACAUCGAGUGACUGUAUGAACUCGUACAAGUGUGUAUGUGCUUUAAAACCCAGAGUGGCUGUUAAACAGAAUUUAUUUAAACAGGGAUUUUGGUAAUGGAUGACGACCAGUGUACCACAUGAUUAUUUUACGUUUCUGAGAAAACACUUCUCAUGCUGCUGAGGCUAUAAAUUUGUCACUAGCUUGUACUGUUAGUUUACUCUGCAAUCAAAACUCUGCACUUCAGCAUGAUGGGAUAAUUUAAUCAUUUAAUUAGACGUUGCCACGGCUCAGCAUUCACCUAAAACCGAGGCCUGCGAGUUUUCUGAGCUCGGCUGCAGACCGCUCUCACACUCCUCAUACCCGCUCUGUG